UAAUGAUGAUAAUGAUGAUGAAAAUAAUGAUAUUGAUAUUAAUAAAUUUGAAAUUAGAAAAAAACGUAAUAUUAUUUUGGGAAAUGAUGAACGAUUUAAACUUGAUAAACGUUUUAUAGAAGAUGAUCAAAAAUUAAAUAAAAAUAUUACUACAAAUAAUGAUGAAAUUGAUUUAUUAAAAGAAAAGCAAUUACAAUUAGAUAUAUUAGAAAAUAUUUUGGGAGUGCCAAUUACUUUAAAAAAUGAAAAUAUAAAUAAGGAUGUAAAACUUUUAAAAAAAGGAAUGAUUAGAUAUGAUCCUACAAAAAAUGAUCAUAAAGAAUAUGAAAUUAAUACAGAGAAAUCUAAAUCAGAAACCAAGAAAAAUAAAAAAAAAAAUAAAAUUAAUAGUAAAGUCUUGAAUGAAAAUCCAUCUAUAGAGGUGUCUAAAAAUAUAUAUUUUUCAAUAUCAGAUUCAUUAUCAAAAAGUUUCAAAGAAGAAGAACAAUUUAGUUUGCUAAAUAUAUAUAGAAAAAAAAUAGAUAAGGAAAAAAGUAAUGAUAAUGAUAAUGAUAAUGGUAAUGUGUCAAAUAUGUCAUUAAAAUCUGAAAAGAUUCAUUUUGAUUUUAAUUCAAAGAAACUAUUUAAAUACGAUUCUUCUGAUGAUGAAGACAAUAAUAAACAAGAAUAUAUAAAUAAUGAACAAUAUAUACACCAUGAAAUUAAAGAUAUAAAUAAAUUUUUCUUUGAUAUUAAUGAUAUUCGUUUUAAUGAGGCAGAAAAUUUUUUUUCAAAAGAACAUGUAUCAGAAGAUACAUUUAAAGAACUUAGACAAGAAUUAAAACAAAUUAUACGCUCAAAAAUUCGAAAAAAUUUGAAAAAGAAACAACCUUGGGGAUAUAAAAAGAAAAUAAAAAAUCUUUAAUGUGUAUUUUUAUUAAGAUUUUAAA